AUGAACUAUUCUGCUUCUCCAAGGGGAAGGAUAUGGGUGGGAUGGAAACACCAGGUGGUGACAGUUCAAUUAACAAAAUGCACUAAACAACUGAUACAUGGUGAUGUUUUAGCCAAGUCAGGGAAUUUUCAAACUACAUUUACUGCAGUGUAUGGUUUGCACUCAGUAGAAACUAGGAGACCUUUGUGGACUGAUUUGAUUCAGCUGAGUACAGUUACUGUUGGGCCUUGGCUAAUAAUGGGAGAUUUCAAUGCAGUGCUUUACUCAGGGGAUAGAAUCAAUGGUAAUCCUGUCCAUGAUGCUGAAACCAGAGAUUUUGAGGGGUGUAUUGAUAUUGCUGAUCUAGCUGAAAUCAAGAGUUGUGGGCACUUCUUUUCUUGGAGCAAUAAGGGGAAAGGGAAUCCUAGAAUUUCUUCUAGAAUUGACAGAGCUCUAGGGAAUAUUGACUGGCAUAAUAAAUAUGUUGAUGCAGUGGUUGAUUUUAUGAACCCUGGGUUGUCAGAUCACUCACCAUUGUUGUUGAAUUGUAGAGUGGAGUGGGCAGCUGGAGGAAGGCCUUUCAAAUUUUUCAACUAUAUGGCCACUCAUGUGGAUUUUCUGAAAAUUGUCCAAGAUGGUUGGGCUCAGAGAUGCACUGGAUCACCCAUGUUUUCUUUGUGGCAGAAAUUGAAAGUGGUCAAAGGUGGAUUGAAGACUCUACACCAGAAGGAGUUUGCUAGACUAGAUGAGAGAAUUGAUUUGCUCAGGCAAGAACUUGAUGAGGAGAGUGCCUACUGGCAAAAGUCUAGAAUUCAGUGGAUCAAAGAGGGGGAUGCAAACACUAAAUUCUUUUUUAGUGCCAUGGAAGAGAGAAUUUCAAGGAACAACAUUGAUGUACUAUACAAUGAUGCUGGAGAUAAACUGGUUACCACAGAUGAUAUCAAAGCAGAAAUCAAGGGGUUUUAUGUGAAUCUUAUUGGUACUGCAGCUCCUCAUCUCACUGGUAUUGAUAUUGAGCUUGUUAGACAGGGCAAGCAGCUUUCUCCUCUAGCUGCAGAAAAUUUGAUUCAGCCUGUUACCAACAAAGAGAUUGAUGAAGCUCUUAAAGGCAUUGAUGUGAACAAAGACCCAGGCAUUGAUGGUCUAAAUGGUCUUUUUUUCAGGAAAGCUUGGGAUAUAGUGAAGGAGGAAGUAAUGCAACCAGUCUUUGGAGAAAUAGUGGGUUCCGCACAAUCUGGGUUUAUUCCAGGGAGAGUCAUUUCUGAUAACAUCCUAAUGGCUACUGAGUUGGUAAAAUGCUAUUCCAAGAAACAUGUGUCCCCUAGAUGUAUGAUUAAAGUAGACCUUAAAAAGGCCUAUGAUUCCCUGGAAUGGCCUUUCUUGAAGAGUAUGUUGCAAGAACUGGGCUUUCCUGAUAAGUUUGUAAAGUGGAUUAUGUCUUGCCUAUGCUCAGUGUCUUAUUCUAUUCUGGUGAAUGGGUUUCCUUCCAAGCCAAUUCCUUCUCAGAAUGGGUUGAGACAGGGUGAUCCAAUGUCACCAUUCCUGUUUGCAAUAGGAAUGGAAUAUCUUUCUAGAUGCUUGUCAUCCCUCAACAAUUCAAAAGGGUUCAGAUUUCACCCAAGAUGUAAAAGAAUAGAGCUGACUCACAUGAUGUUUGCAUAUGACUUACUAAUGUUUUCUAGGGGAGAUGAUGCUUCUGUUUCUCUCCUUUUUGAGGCUUUCUCUAAAUUUUCUGCUGCUUCUGGUUUGGAAGCUAAUAUGAUGAAGAGUGAACUGUAUUUGGCUGGUGUGCCUGAUUCUGUAGCUCACAGUAUCCUAGCUAAGAUUGGCAUCCCUAGAGGUUCUUUCCCCUUUAAGUACCUUAGUGUCCCCCUCUCAACUAGGAAACUGAGCUUUGCAGACUGUAAGCCUCUGAUUGAGAAGACUGUAGCAAGGGUCAGAAGUUGGUCUGCAAAACUACUCAGUUAUGCUGGAAGGUUGCAACUGGUUAGAUCAGUUUUAUUUGGCAUCCAGUUGUACUGGUGUCAGAUAUUCAUUAUGCCUAAGAAGGUGUUGAAAGAAAUUCAAAGAAUCUGUAGGUGUUUCUUGUGGACUGGAGCUGAAGGGAACUCAAGGAAAGCACUAGUUGCUUGGGAUCAGUUGUGCUUGCCUAAAGUUUGUGGGGGUUGGAACCUUAAAGACUUACCUCUGUGGAACAAGUCAGCUGUUGCAAAACACUGCUGGGCCUUGUCCUUAAAAGCUGAUAAGUUGUGGGUGAAAUGGAUCCACACAUACUAUGUGAAGCAUAAUGAUUUAUGGACCAUGCCAAUUCCCAAUGGCCUUUCUUGGUCAUUAAAGAACAUUUGGCAACAAAGGGAGACUCUGAGUAGUCCUGGUGAUAUGCAGAAGUUUGUAACUUCAGGGAAAUUUAAGAUUCAGAGGCUGUAUAAUCAUUUGAGGCAACAAGGGGAACCUGUGAGAUGGAAGAGAAUUGUGUGUAACAGCCAUGCUAGCCCAAAAAGUGUGUUUAUUGUGUGGUUGGCCCUGCAGGAUAGACUUGCAACUAAAGAUAGGCUGAGAAGAUGGAAUAUUAUUGUAGAUAGUGUCUGUAGCCUGUGUCACAACACUGAUGAAAGUAGAGAUCAUCUUUUCUUUGAGUGUAGUUAUUCUGCUGAAAUAUGGAGCCAGGUUCUGCAGAGAAGUGGAAUUCAUAGAGCUUCUGGAACUUGGAAUGAAGAGGUGCAGUGGGUUCAGAAAGUAAGCAGGAGUACUAGAAGCAAAGCUAGAUUGUGUAAUAGUCUGUUCUGUGAAACUGUGUAUUCUAUCUGGUUAGCUAGGAAUUCUAAAAUUUUCUCUAACCAGUUUGAAAAACCCUAUAGGAAUUGGGGUAAAGUCACUGCUGAAAUUCGGGUUAAGGGAAGAGAUAAUCCAGGGUUGGUGUUUAUGAAUGUUGUUGCCACAAUUAAGAAUCAUAGGAAGGAAAAAGAGAGGAAGCUUAAGGAGAGACAAGAGGAAUUGUUGAGGGCUCAAAGAGAGGAGGAAGAGGAAAUGAGGAAAAAAUAG